CAAUCAUAGUUAUAAAUUCUGUGCAAAAGUGUUAAAUGUGAUAAUAAAUCACUUCCAGGCAAAUGUCACGAACAUCGUGUUACCCGUGACAGUGCCUUUGUUUGCUAUAAAUAGAAAAAGCAUAUUAUGAAAUUUUUAAAGAAACUUUUUAACAUUUUUAAUAAAAAUUGAAAGGUGCAAAUGAUCCUAAUGUAGACUGAUUUAGAUUUUAUAUCUUUAAAUCUUUUUAUUUUGUGCUUAAAUGCCAAAUUUUAUUACAUAAUUUCACAAUGGAAUUAAACAAUGUAGGAAACAAUAAAAGUUCCAUACAUGUGGCAAUAUCAUUCAAAAAAUUAUGUAUAGCAACGGUAUCUUUACCUCUUGUUACACUUUUAGUGUGUUUUAUUACUGCAUAUAUCUUCCAACAAGAUGAUAUUCAUGAAACACAUUGUAGAGUUUAUAAUGUACUUCCAUCAAUCUCAGCUAUUACUGGUAUAUCUCCUCAAAGAUAUUUAUGGCGCAUAAGUAUAGCAUUACAUAUAGGUCCUCGUCUAAUUAUUGCUAGUGUAUAUCAUUCAUAUUAUUAUAAAAUACUCAAGACAAUUGAAGAUGUACCAUCUAAAAUCAUGGGAUGUAGACUUUUAAAUCUAUGUUAUUGGUUAAGUAUUGCAGAAGUGGCAGCUUUAUGUGGUGUUACAUAUAUUUCUAACAGAGAAAAUUAUUCUGUGCAUGAAAAAAUUUUCAUUGCCUUUAUGAUUAGUUCUUUAACAUAUAUGUUAACAGCAGUGAGAUUAGGUCGUCUCAUAACACCAAAUGCACAAAGUCUUCAGUACAAACAGGCACUUUUUAUAACUAGUCUUGUUAGUACAGUUGGACUUAUUAUUUUCUUCUUAAAACACAGGUUAUUAUGUCAUGAUCUAGCAUUUAGCUGGUUUUCCUUAUGUGAAUAUGUGAUUGCUUCUGCAAAUAUGGGUUUUCAUGUGACCGUAAUUCUAGAUUUUCCCAAGGAGCAAUUGAUUGUUGGAAAUGGUUUACCUUCCUUAAAGGUGGAUUAACUUAUAAUAUUUUGUACUCAUUAUUAUCUUUUUAUUGUCAUCAAAGUGCCUACUGCCACUGUCUGGAAGUGCUAUUGCCAAAAAUGAUAAAGAAAAUAAUAUUAUAUAUUAUAUAUAACUGAGUAUCCACUGAUUGGUAAAUAUUUAUUAAUAUUAUUUGUAAAUAUUUAUAUAUUAUAUUAUAUAUUAUGA